AUGUCAACCAUCAAAACCCGUAUUUGCAUGAUAUCAGACACACACACAAGCACACCACAUCCACCCCAAAGAACAGACCAUGCCUACCGCUACCCUCUCCCAAAAGCAAACAUCCUCCUCCACGCCGGCGACCUCACAAAAGUGGGGUACCGCGUCGAGCACGAAGCAAUGAUCGCCAUGCUCACCGACGCCGACGCCGAGCUCAAGCUCGUAAUAGCAGGCAACCAUGACAUAACCCUAGACGAAGAAUACUUCACAACCUUCGGCUACACCCGCCACCAACGCCCAGAGCAACUAGGCGAAGAAUCCAUUCUGCUAUCAGACGACAACCUCCAAACCACCCUACGCACCUCCUCAACCAAGACCCCAAACAAAGACUCUCUAAAAUCCUACGCCCGCUCCAUAAAAUCCCUCUGGACAAGCGAGUCCGCCCGGAACGCAGGAAUAAUCUACCUAGAAGAAGGAAUCCACUCCUUCACCCUGUCAACAGGCGCAACAUUCACCAUCUACGCUUCCCCCUACCAACCAGAGUUCUACAACUGGGCUUUCGCAUACCCCCGCGAUCAAGACCGCUAUAACCCCGCCCCCGCCGCACUCCCUCAGCCCCAGAACCCAAUCCCCGAUUACCCGGCCAUCGACAUCCUACUAACACACGGCCCGCCUGCCGGGGUCCUGGAUCAGGUCCCGCCGGAUUUGAACGUUGGCUGUGAGAAUCUCCUUCGUGCGGCGCGGCGUGCAAGACCCCGACUGCAUCUCUUCGGUCAUAUUCAUGAAGGGUGGGGUGCGCAGCGUGGGGUGUGGGAUGAUCAGGCGGGUGGAGAUGGUGGUGUUAGGCUUGAGGAUGUGCCGACGGAUGCGGAGGAAAUGCUGGAGAAUCGGGGCGCGUUUUGUGAUGUUAGUGCCGGGGCGGAUCGGCCGCUGCGGGUUGGGGAGGAGACGCUUUUUGUCAAUGGGAGUAUUAUGACGGUCGCGUAUGAGGCGAGGAAUGCGCCGUGGGUGGUGGAUUUGGAGCUUCCUGUUGCUGGGGGAUAG